ACAUCCAGCAUAUUUUGGUGACUGAAGCUUAAGGGUUUUGAUGGCGACCUUUGAUGACCUCUUGGAAGAGGUCGGCUCCUUCGGCCGCUGUCAGAAGCGGAUUUUUGCCAUGCUCUGCCUGUUGUCGGUGCCCUUCUCUGGCGUCUACGUUGGGAUUGUCUUCCAGGGCUUCACCCCAGAUCACUGGUGCCGGGAUUCUGUGUUGGUGGAGAGGAGGCAGGACUGCGGAUGGAGCCUGGAGGAAAGUCGCAGGCUGACUGCACCGCUGGUUAAUACCUCAGGAGUUCUGCAGCGCAGCAGCUGUGAUCAGUACGAGGUGGACUGGAACACCACAGAACUCAGCUGUGACCCAGAAAAACUGGACCUGAGCAGAGUGGCUGUUACAACAUGCAAGGAUGGCUGGGAAUAUAAUUAUGAAGGCAGAAAGUCAUUUGUCACUGAGUUCAACCUGGUAUGUUCAGAUGGAUGGUUGGUGGAUAUGUACCAGUCGACUCUUAAUGUGGGGUUCCUCGUUGGCAGCUUUGCUUUUGGUUACUUUGCUGACAGAUUUGGCAGAAUGAAGAGUUUCCUCCUGUCCAACGUGAUAAACGUAGUAGCAGGAAUUGCUAUGGCUGUGGUUCCAGACUUCAUCUCCAUCCUGGUGCUCAGGGCCAUCUACGGAUUCAGUAUCAAAGGAGGAUGGAUGGCCAUAUAUGUGCUGCUAACAGAAAUAGUUGGAGUAAAGUACAGACGCACAGUUGGCAUUUUGUAUCAGAUGUUCUUCAGUAUUGGGCUCCUCAUCCUCCCUCUCCUCGCCUACUUCAUCACUGAUUGGCGCUGGCUGCAGGUUGCCAUCACAGCACCGUUUGCCCUUUAUAUUGCUUACUACUGGUUCAUCCCAGAGUCACCGAGGUGGCUCAUCUCUCAGAACAAUACCUCAAAAGCUCUGGAAAUAACGAAGGCUAUUGCCAAGGAGAAUGGAAAGAAACUCUCCUUAAAUUUUGAGAUAUUAACCGAUGAUGAAGCUGAAUCCACCUCUGCCUCUUUGUUGGACUUGAUCAGAACUCCUAAUAUGAGAAAACAUACUUUCAUCCUCAUGUUUAACUGGUUCACCAGUGCUGUGGUUUAUCAGGGUCUCAUCAUGCGGGUGGGGAUAACAGGAGGAAACGUCUACAUCGAUUUUCUUAUCUCCGGCCUGGUUGAGUUUCCUGCUGCUUUUCUCAUCCUGCUCACGAUUGAGCGCAUUGGCCGUCGGCUCCCGUUUGCCUCCGCCAACAUUUUAGCUGGAGUCUCCUGCAUCGUCACUGCUUUUAUCCCUGACAGCAUGUUCUGGUUAAAGACCACAGUGGCCUGUAUUGGUCGGCUGGGGAUCACCAUGGCCUUUGAGAUGGUGGUGUUUGUUAACACUGAGCUCUACCCGACUUGCGUCAGGAACCUAGGAGUGUCAGUUUGUUCGACUCUUUGUGAUGUCGGAGGAAUAGUUUCUCCCUUCUUGCUCUACAGACUGGCCAGCAUCUGGCUCGAACUGCCACUCAUCAUCUUUGGUGUUGUGGCCCUAAUAGCUGGAGGUUUGGUUCUGCUCCUGCCUGAAACCAGAGGUGUUGCUCUCCCUGAUACCAUUGAGGAUGUUGAGUUUCCUGAUCGGAAAAAGGAGAAUCAAGAAAAUCAAGAAAUGAAGCAAGUCUUGAAAAAUAAUGAAGCAGUUUAAUUUUAUUUUAAUAAUUUUUCCAAAACAAGAAAACAUUUUUCUUUGUGUUUGUUUAUGAAAAGUAU